CUACGGGGCCAGCCGAAACAAAGCAAGGCCAUGCAUGUCGCAGUGGGUGGAAGGUGCUCAAGGAGCGCCGCUGUGAGGUUCCUUGGAUUGCGCAGCGGGGAUGCUAUCGAGAGUGUGCGAUGGGGCUCUGGUGCCGUUUCCCAACAUCAUCUUUUUUCGUCGUCUGCGCGGGGUGAGGGAGGCCCUGACGACAGCACCACAAAGGCCAGAAACAGGGCGAGGGCGCAAGAGUGGGCGACCGACGACCAGCGGAGCAGCCGGUGGCGGUCCGGCGGGAGGUAUCAGAAGUCCAGGACCGGCAGUCAGAAGAAGCGCGACAAGACCUGGCAGAACUCGGACCCCCACGAGGAUCUGUGCCGCAUCAAGUGGGAACCUGAUCCCGACCAGCUGCCUAGCAACUGGUUCCGAGGACACAUCCCGGACAUGAUCAAGUGCAAGAUGUUCGACCUCUGGCAGGCGGACCCUGAGAAGAAUACUGCGAUGGCCCUGGCAAAGCAGUUCGGAUUGCCAUACCUAGACGUGCAGGCCAUCCUGACCCUCAAGAUCAAGGCCAAGGAGAACGUGGAGACGAUUGAGGGGUACGAGAUCUACCCGGAGAUCGAGGAGAUCUUCACGGAGCGCAAGGAAGCCUACAUCGAGGAGCUGGCGCAACACUACGGCCAGGAUAUACCCUUCAUCUACGAGCACUGCCCGGACAUCGACAAGAACGACCCUAGCAGCUGGACGAAUCCUAGAGAGUUCAAGCUGGGAAAGCUUACCGAGCAGGACCGUAGCAGCAAGUUCGACCGACCGCCCCUGCAGAGCCAGGACGAGGUUGCCGAAGACCUCAAGUACAAGCGCACCAACAAGGCUAUCUACGCCGCCGUGAGGGAGGAGGAGGCCGCAGAGCUUACCAAGAAGUUGGAGAAGGAGCCGAAUCUCCCCAAGAGGCGCUGGGCCUACGCCCUGAAGGACACGUCCUCUAAGGAUUCUUCUAUGGUGCCGCCCGUGCUCAGAGACGCGGACGGCGUGAUGCGGGCGGCUACAGUGGACGAGGAGAGAGGACUGAGCUACGCCGACGAGAACCUCUUCCGUCGCGACGUCCGCCGAUGGACGGCUCUUCGAGAAAUGCCCUGA